UCAUUUUUUUUUUUUUUUCAUAUAUAUUUCUCUAAAUUUUAAUAAUUUUUUUAACCUGUCUUGUAUAAUGUAUAAUCUAAACGCAAUUCGCUCAUCGCAUUCUUUCAGCACAGAAAUUCUUGCUAAGAAUUUUCGUAUGAGCUCAAGAUGUGAACACAAAGCUUUUACGAUAUGUAAAUUGUGGCAUCAAUACAAGUGAAAGAUUAAAUAACCUGAUUAUGCUGCAAAUGAUUAAAACAAUUUAUCAUGCCAAUUGCAUGGACCGAAAAUUUAACAUUGAGAUUAGUAACUCUUUAUAGUAAACACGAGUGUUUAAGAAAUCCUUUUCACCCAAAUUUUAGAAAUAAACUAUGUCGUUACAAAGCUUACAAAGAGAUCGUGAAUUCUAUGAACGUUUGUGGUUUAACAGUUUGUGAUUGUAUCAAAAGGAUUACUUAUGUAAAAGCUCAAUAUUGUUAUGAAUUGUCUAAAAUUAGUGCUGCAAUAUCUUGUGAGAAAUUUUACAGUCCAACAAUGAGCUGGUUUCCAAUAGUACACCAAUUAUUCUUUCCAUUUAUAGCAACUUAUAGUGAUACUUGUGAGAAGUAUGAUGAUAAAAGAGAUACAUUUAGAAACUACUGUGAUGAAAUGUGCGAUCAAUACAGAAUACGUUCAAAUUCUGUAGAACAAAGAGUAUUAAAUAAGGAUUAUAAUUAUUCAUAUGCAACUUGUUACUGUGAGAAAUCGAAUAUAAUUAAACCUCGUACUCGUGUCAAAAAACUAGAAAAAUUUUUUAUCCCGGAUGAACAUGAGGAAAUUAUUACUUCGCAACCUACAGAUUGCAAAAAUUAUUUACAUGCACAAAAAAUAACUCAAAUUGAUGUUGGUAAUAAUACCAAGAAAAAUAUCAAUACAGAGCAUGCAACCCAAACUGAAAUCUCUUAUUUCAAAACUGCAUGUACAGCUUGCCAAGUGUAUAUAGAAAAUGAAAUAUCUAACACUGCAAAUCUAAUGACUAUAAUGAUGAAAAAUGAUCCGAAGGAUAUUGGUUGUAUAGAUUAUAUUUUGACAGAAAAUGAUAUUAAAGAGGCAAGGAAAAUCGAUGAGUUUGACAUGUUCGGCAAGAGUAUUGCAUUUCAAUUGCGAAAUAUAAGUUUCGAAGUUGCUAUUAAGUUAGAGAAACAUAUACAAGACCUAAUUGCUCAAGAACGUCUGGAUAAUAUGAAAUCAAGACAUUUGGAUUGUUAUACAUCUUCAACUUGUAGCGAAUGCACACUAUUACAUAAGGAAAUUACUUGUAGCUGCGGUCUUCCAGUUAUCAAAAUUAAGACCGAUUCUUCUUAUGACUUCGAACAAUGUAAACAAUGGAAAUAAAAAUUUACGAAUUAUUUUUAUUUGACUAGUAAUUAAAAAAAAAAAAAAAA